CAAAAAAAAUUUCACCGAACAGCCCCUAAAUCACACAACAUAAGCUGGAUCUUAAUUGAAGGAGUGGUUUUGCAUGCAGGUGGGUGCAGAAAAGCACCGGGGGGGAAGGUGGAUUGGCAACAACCGUUCUUCUCCUUUGUGCCUUCUCCACAUUCUCAAAAUUCAGAUAGACUCGAGAUCAUUUCUUGGGUAGAGAAGAAGUUGUAAUUAAUUAAUAGUAUUAUUGUAGCUAUCAGGAUCAAUGCCAAUGGUGUAUGUCUUUUUUUUUUUCUUUUUUUUUGAACAUGCAAUGGUGUAUGUCUUGAUGAGACAGCCACAGAGGAUAAGAAAUCAACCCACAUAAAUGGGGGUCUACAAAUAUCUUGAAUCGAUUAUUUUCCAAAAUCCACUGAGAAGAAAGAGAAGCCCAGAAGGCAAAACAAAUUUGUAAAUUUCAG